CGAACCACUGAUUCAAAACAAAAAAAUUGUCAACCAUUCGGAGCUUAAUGUUUGGGUGUUUUGAAAGCGCUUAUUUCAGUAAAUCAGUUUUGGUUGUGUAAUUUGUUUUAGAGGAUAGAGUGAACAAAAAAAUGACUGAUGGAGAGAUCUGUGAAAUAAACAGGAUCGAACAUUUCCAGGUGAUAAAGACGGAACAGCAUGAAAACGAUCAGACCUCACAGGUACCAGAUGUGAAAACGAAAACCUGCAAUUCGACACAUAGGCAGUGGAAGAAUAAAAAGCAGUAUCUGAAGGAACUGAAAGAAGCUUCUGUCACUUGUCAUCAAUGUGGGAUGCAUUUCACAAAGCAAGCAAGCCUUAAGCAGCACAUGAGAAUUCACACUGGAGAGAAGCCGUUUACCUGCCCUCAAUGUGAAAAGAGUUUCAGAUUGAAACAACAUCUUGAGAAUCACAUAAAGCUUCACACUGGAGAGAAGCCUUUCACCUGCCCUCAGUGUGGAAAGAGUUUCACAGUGAAACAAAACCUCGAGGUUCACAUCAGAAUUCACACUGGAGUGAAACCCUUCACCUGCUCUGAGUGUGGAAACAGUUUCACACAACAAGGACAACUUAAAAGUCACAUGAGAAGUCACACUGGAGAGAAGCCUUUCACCUGCUCUCAGUGUGGAAAGGGGUUCACAGUGAAACGAAGCCUUAAAGGUCACAUGAGAAUUCACACUGGAGAGAAGCCUUUCGCCUGCGCUCAAUGUGGAAAGAGUUUUACAAUAAAACGAAACCUUGACGGUCACAUGAGAAUUCACACUGGAGAAAAACCUUUCACCUGCUCUCAAUGUGGAAAGUGUUUCACAGUAAAACACAACCUUAAGAGACACAUGGGUGUUCACACUGGAGAGAAGCUUUUCACCUGCUUUCAGUGUGGUAAUAGUUACACAGUGAAACGAAACCUUGAGAGUCACAUGAGAAUUCAUACUGGGGAGAAGCCGUUUUCCUGCCCUCAAUGUGGAAACCGUUUUUCAGUGAAACGAAACCUUGAGCAGCACAUGAGAAUUCACACCGGAGAAAAGCCUUUCACCUGCCUUCAGUGUGGAACGAGUUUUACGGUGAAACGAAAUCUUAAGAGUCACAUGAGAAUUCACACUGGAGUGAAGCCUUUCACAUGCUCCCAGUGUGGAAAGGGUUUUACUGUGAAACGAAACAUUGAGAAUCACAUGAGAAUUCACACUGGAGAGAAGCCUUUCACCUGCUCUCAGUGUGGAAAGGGGUUCACAGUGAAACGAAGCCUUAAAGGUCACAUGAGAAUUCACACUGGAGAGAAGCCUUUCGCCUGCGCUCAAUGUGGAAAGAGUUUUACAAUAAAACGAAACCUUGACGGUCACAUGAGAAUUCACACUGGAGAAAAACCUUUCACCUGCUCUCAAUGUGGAAAGUGUUUCACAGUAAAACACAACCUUAAGAGACACAUGGGUGUUCACACUGGAGAGAAGCUUUUCACCUGCUUUCAGUGUGGUAAUAGUUACACAGUGAAACGAAACCUUGAGAGUCACAUGAGAAUUCAUACUGGGGAGAAGCCGUUUUCCUGCCCUCAAUGUGGAAACCGUUUUUCAGUGAAACGAAACCUUGAGCAGCACAUGAGAAUUCACACCGGAGAAAAGCCUUUCACCUGCCUUCAGUGUGGAACGAGUUUUACGGUGAAACGAAAUCUUAAGAGUCACAUGAGAAUUCACACUGGAGUGAAGCCUUUCACAUGCUCCCAGUGUGGAAAGGGUUUUACUGUGAAACGAAACAUUGAGAAUCACAUGAGAAUUCACACUGGAGUGAAGCCUUUCAUCUGCUCUCAGUGUGGAAAGAGUUUCACAGUGAAAUAUAACCUUAAUAUUCACUUGAGAAUUCACAGUGAGUCAGUUGAUUAGACACUAAAG